AUGUUCGUCACAGUGAGAUACGGAGCCAACUGCCAAGAGAUGGUGAACCUGCAGUGCCGCGUCCUGAUCCUCACAGCUCACCUGAAGAGGAAGUGUCAGUGCAGGUCAGAAGACCACAUCGAUCUCCUGGAUGAAGCAGGUACCCUGAUGAACCUGAGCAAAGUGGAAAAUGCUGCAUCUGAAUUCACCAGUAAAUACCUGCGGGAGAGGGAGCACUACAUCCUCAUCAGAGUUGUCCGAGGAGAAAGCUCUGAAGCUACCUGCUAUGAAUCCUUACUAGAGAACCUGGGGAAACACUACCCUAACCUAGCAGAUCGGCUGCAGCAGCUCUCGGCAAACACCCAGAUGCGACACCAGUGGAGGAGAGGCUCCUUGCAGAGGAGAACUCAGCCCCGCACCAGCACCCCAGCCAGGCCCAGGCCCACCUCACAGAAGAAGAGCGCAGAGCUCAAAGGCACCCAUAGAUGA